AUGUCUACCGAAUCCAGCGAAACGCCACACGCCCUCAUCCCCGGACCUCCGGGCCGUCGUUUCUUUGGCAACCUCUGGGAUAUUGACUCCCAAAACACGGUCGACUCGUUGUGCAGACUGACCGAUGACUAUGGGCCGAUCUGGAAGUUCCACUUGGGCAACGAAGAAAGGAUCGUUGUUGGGUCGCAGGCUUUGCUGGAUGAGGUGUGCGACGAGGCACGUUUUGCCAAAGUCAUUGCUGCUACCCUCAAGCAAGCCCGCAACGGUGUGCAAGACGGCCUGGGCACCGCAUCUGCCCCUGAAGAGAAGAAUUGGGGCAUCGCGCACCGUAUAUUGGCUCCGCACUUUGGUCCGCUGGCGAUCCAAAACAUGUUCGGCGAGAUGCAGGACAUAGCUACACAACUCGUCCUGAAGUGGGCACGCCAUGGAGCAGACCACGACAUACAUGUGACGAGCGACUUCACAAGACUAACACUGGAUGUGAUCGCGCUGUGUACUAUGGACUAUCGCUUCAACUCUUACUACAAAGAAGCCAUGCAUCCAUUUGUAGACGCGCUAGAAAGCUUCCUCAAAACGAACGCAGAUCGCGCGAAAAGGAGCGCGGUAAUGCAACCAUUUUAUGUCUUUGAAAAUCACACAUACUGGGGUGACAUCGAGCGGCUGCGAGAGACGGCACAUGAGGUCAUCAAAGAAAGGAAGAAGCACCCUCAUGAGAAGAAGGAUUUGCUUAACGCAAUGUUGCAUGGAGUUGACCCUCUUACGGGCGAACAAAUGACGGCUGAUAGCAUCGUCAACAAUAUGAUCACUUUCCUGUUCGCUGGUCACGAGACGACCUCGGGCCUCCUCUCCUUCACGUUCUACUAUCUUCUCAGCAACCCCGCAACGUAUGCAAAGGCACAACGAGAGGUCGACAAUGCUAUUGGUAGAGAGAGCAUCACGCCCUUGCACCUUUCCAAGCUUCCCUAUCUCAAUGCUGUACUCCGCGAAUCCUUACGACUGUCGCCUACUGUUCCUGCAGUUGCGCUCGCCGCCAAAGAGGACACCAUACUGGGUGGAAAGUACCAGGUCAAGGCCAAGGCGCCGAUCAUCGCCCUCUUUGCAUCAGUCCACAGAGACCCAUUUGUGUAUGGAAGUGACGCAAACGAGUUUCGGCCAGAUCGUAUGCUUGACAGUGAGUUUGAACAACGCAACAGACAGUUCCCAAACUGUUGGAAGCCGUUUGGCAAUGGCAUGCGAGGCUGCAUUGGACGCUUCUUUGCGUGGCAGCAAGCGCUUCUUGUCACAGCGAUGCUCCUCCAGAGCUUCGAUCUGUCUAUGAGCGACCCAUGGUAUCGCCUGAAAACCAAACAGACGAUAACGAUGAAACCCGAGGGCUUCCGCAUGCGUGCUCGACUGCGGCCGGAUGUAGCUCUGUCAACGCUCCAACGGCCCUUAUCCUCAAUAACUAUCGCCGAUACUACUACAUCAAGCAGUUUGGAGCUCCGGGCGGUUGAGCCGUCGACUGUCGCGGUUGACGUGUACUAUGGCUCCAACAGCACGUGCGAGCAGCUAGCCAGCCAGCUCGCCAGCCAUGCGGUAGAUCAUGGCUUUGCCAUUGGGGACAUAGGCACAUUGAAUGCUGCUAAAGAGAACCUAUCGCGAACGAACCCUGUCGUGAUAAUAGCGGCAUCAUACAAUGGACAGCCCGCUAGCAACGCAGCAGAGUUCGUGGCCUGGGUCAAAACACUCCGCUGCAGCGAGCUUACCGGAGUCGCUUUCGCUGUGUUUGGAUGCGGGCACCACGACUGGGUCAAAACAUUUUUGAAAGUACCAAAGUACCUAGACGGUGCGUUGGAGGAACGCGGUGGCAUGAGACUGGCUCCCAUGGGCACGACGGACAUUGCCUAUGACAAGGCCGCAAUCGAUUUUGCAGCCUGGGAAAAGGGCAUCUUCUGGCCUGCUGUGCAAAAGAGGUACUGUCACACAGACGUAUCGGCAGCCCAACCCUUAGAAUCUGACGUACAAGUCAAGGUUUGCGCGCCUGAAGCAACGGCGUUGCGACGCAAUCUUUACAGUGCUCGGAUCGUCGCGAGCGAGACGCUGUCUUCCAACGAAGCUUCUGUCAAGAAGCACCUAGAAAUCGCGCUGCCACAAAACGUGUCAUACCGGACGGGCGAUCGUCUAGCUGUCCUUCCACAGAAUCCGAGACACGUUGUUCGUCGCGCGCUGAAUCUGUUGGGCCUGUCCGGGGAUAGCGUCCUGACAAUCUCCAGCGCUACUUCUACAACACUUCCUCUUCGCACGCCCAUGAGGGCAGCGGAGGUUCUCCGUGCGUAUGUUGAGCUCCAACAAACGGCCAGUAAGAAGAACAUACUAGACAUGUUGGAAGCGACAGACGACGAGACGUCAAUCGCUGAGCUAAACCGCCUUGCGGGUGAGGCUCAUUACCAAGAAGAGGUUAUUGGCAAGCGCCUGUCGUUGCUCGAUCUGCUAGAGCGCUUUCCUGCCGUCAGCAUCUCGCCUGGAGCCUUUCUUUCCAUGCAGCCGCCGAUGAAGGUUCGACAAUAUUGCAUCUCGUCUUCCCCCCUAUGGAAUGCUUCCUGUGCUACGGUGACAUCCACACACGCUCAGUCGCAGGUUUCCGGGCUGGCAUCAGCGUACCUGUCUUCCCUAGUUGCUGGUGACGAGGUAUCCGUUUGCGUAAAAGAAUGUGCUGAUAAGUUUCGCAUGCCCGAAGCCGCCGACGAUGUUCCGCUUAUUCUGAUUGCUGCAGGAACCGGUAUGAGACUUCGCAUUACUCUUGCUGUGCCCUCACUGACAGUAGAGACAGGCAUCGCACCCUUUCGCAGUUUCAUACAAGAACGAGCAGCACAACUGGCCACCGGCCGCACCCUUCCGACUGCCCUGCUCUUCUACGGAUGUCGCUCACGUGCAGACCAUCUCUACUUCGACUCUUUCCAACGCUGGCAGCAGCUUGGCGCUGUAGCUAUCUACCACGCGUAUUCACGCAUGCCAGAUCAGUCACAAGGAUGUAGAUACGUGCAAGACCGUAUUUCGCAGGACAAGACCGCCGUUGUAAAGCUGCUCAUGACAGGGGCUCGCAUUGCCGUGUGCGUGCCCGAGUGCGCUACUGCAGGAGUCAGAGAGACUCUGAUCGACGUCUUGAGGGAGACAAGAGAUGCGAGGGCCCAGCGAGCCGUGCCGAAGGGACAGGGCGAGAGCACCGAGAUGCAGCCUACAGACAUUCAGCUCGAGAGUGCAUGGCAUGUAUGGAAAAGUGCAUCUAGGACGGAGGUUUAG